AAAAAGAAACCCCGGAACUAGGCAUCUCUUGGUCAAACGUCAGAUGACAAGCUAAUCUAAACAAUAACAAAAACACACCCAAGCGGUAAUAGCUACCCCCAAUAAUAAUACACAACGUAUGCCAGGCGUGUAACUUACGAGGGGGGAGCAUGGCAUUUAUAACGGCAAACUGGAAUCCACUCGGCGAUGCGUUUUACAGGAAGAUAGAGCUGUAUGACAUGGGAUGGAGUUUGCGGGAUGGGCUCAAGGAUUGCAUGGUGGCAGCUGCCCCAUACGGGGGACCCAUCGCUCUUCUGAGGCAGUCACAGAGACCUUCCCCCAGCGCACGUCCCCAGCUGGAGAUAUACUCCUCCUCUGGCGUCAGCAUGGCCAGUUUCCCGUGGAAGAGUGGCCCAGUGCGACAGUUGGGCUGGACGGUGUGUGAUGACCUGCUGGCUAUCCAGGAGGACGGCACCGUCCUGAUCUAUGACCUGUUCGGUACCUUCAAGAGACACUUCAGCAUGGGAAACGAAGUGGUUCAAAACCAGGUGCUGGAAGCCAAAGUAUUCCACUCCCCUUACGGAACCGGCGUUGCCAUAGUAACAGGGGCCUCACGCUUCACCCUGGCGAUGAACAUUGACGACCUAAAGCUGAGGAGACUCCCGGAGGUCCCAGGCCUCCAGGGGGCACCCUCCUGCUGGGCAGUGCUGACUCAGGACAGGCAGACCAAAGUCUUGCUGGCGAACGGAGCUGACCUCUACAUCCUGGACAACACGUCCUGCACCCCAGUGACACCUCCAGGCCUGUCUCCCCAGGCAUGUAGCAUCAUUAACAUGGCUGUGUCAUUCAGCUAUAAGUACCUGGCUCUGUUCACGGAUUCCGGACACCUGUGGAUGGGCUCAACCAACCUCAAGGACAAGCUCAGCGAGGUGGAGACCAAGGUGAGGAGCGCUCCGAAGCAGAUGGUGUGGAGCAGAAGGCCUAAGAGCCAGCAGCCGUCUGUGGUCCUCAUGUGGGACCGACUCCUCCUGGUGGCCGGUGUGUGUAAAGAGACCAUCCAAUACACGCUGGAUGAGGAGUGUGUGUGCGUAGCGGAGCUGGAUGGGGUGAGGAUCGUGGGGGCGUCCAGGCACGAGAUGCUGCAGGAGGUGCCCUCGGCCUGCGAAGACAUCUUUAAAAUCGCCUCCAUGGCCCCAGGUGCUCUGUUACUGGAGGCCCACAAGGAGUAUGAGAAGUGUAGCCAGAAGGCGGAUGAGUACCUGAGGGAGAUCAAGGAGCAGAGUGUGUUGGGAGAAGCAGUCAAACAGUGCGUGGAAGCGGCCGGCUAUGAACACGAACCGGAGACCCAGAAAACUCUGCUCAGGGCUGCAUCCUUUGGGAAGUGUUUCCUCAGUAAUUUCCCCCCGGAGCCUUUUGUCAGCAUGUGUCGAGACCUGAGAGUGCUGAAUUCUGUGCGUGACUAUAGUGUGGGGAUCCCCCUGACACAUACCCAGUACAAACAGAUGACCGUUCAGGUUCUCAUCGACAGGUUGGUGUACCGCAAGCUGUAUCCUUUGGCCAUUGAGAUCUGCCGUUACCUGAAGACCCCAGAAUACCAGGGAGUCAGCCGAGUACUAAAACACUGGGCCUGCUGCAAGGUUCAGCAGAAGGAAGAGCCCGAUGAGUCGAUAGCGCGUGCUGUGAGCGUUAAGCUGGGCGAGGCAGCAGGAAUCUCCUACUCUGAGAUCGCUGCUAGAGCUUACGAGUGUGGUAGGACAGAACUGGCCAUCAAGUUGUUGGAGUUUGAGCCUCGUUCUGGGGAGCAAGUCCCGCUGUUAUUGAAGAUGAAAAGGAGUCAGCUGGGCCUGAGCAAAGCCAUUGAGAGUGGUGACACUGACCUGGUCUACACUGUGGUGACCUACCUAAAGAACGAGAUGAACAGAGGAGACUUCUUCAUGACGCUCAGGAACCAACCUGUGGCCCUCAGCCUCUACAGGCAGUUCUGUAAGCACCAGGAGCAGGAAACACUGAAGGAUCUGUUUAACCAAGACGAUGACCAUCACGAGCUGGGAAACUUCUAUGUUAGAGCCAGUUACAAGGAGAGUAAGCUGGAGGCUCGCCUAUCCCUGUUGCAGAGUGCUGUGGAUGAGUACAACAAGGCCAAGAAUGAGUUUGCAGCCAAGGCAACAGAGGAGGAGAUGAAGCUGCUGCGCUUCCAGAGGCGUCUGGAUGAGGAGAAGGGAGAGGCCCUCCUGGGCCUGUCUCUCCACGACACCCUGCACGCCCUCCUCUCCGCUAACUAUCACAAGCAGGCGGAGCAGCUUUACAGGGACUUCAGGGUGCCUGACAAGAGGUACUGGUGGCUGAAGCUGACCGCCCUGGCCGAGAAGGAGGACUGGGAUGAGCUGGAGAAAUUUGCCAAGAGCAAGAAGUCUCCCAUUGGCUAUCUGCCCUUCGUUGAGGUUUGUGUGAAGCGACACAAUAAAUACGAGGCCAAAAAGUAUGUUUCCAAGGUGACUCCAGAGCAGAAGGUCAAAGCCCAUCUGGCCAUAGGUGAUCUGGAGGGGGCAGCAGAGGCAGCUAUCGAGAGGAGAAGUGAAGGGGAGAUCAGCACUGUCCUUGCUCGCUGUUCUCCCACCACAGACAGAGCGCUGCUGGAGCGACUAAACCGAGCCAGAUCCACCGCCGCCAAAAAGUGACCUCUCAGAAAUCCAAUUCAAACGUCAAAGUGAACCCUUUGAGGGGGGGGGGGAAGCCACAGAGAACUGUUGCUAUUGACAGGUGACCCCCUAACUACCAUCUCCAGAGCUACAGCCUGGAUCCUGCUUCUGGCACAUUUGGAUGGGAUCUGGGAAACGAAGACAUUCCAGGCUUGAUUCAAUACAAACACACUGGUCACACAAGCUGAUAUCUAAAACACUCAUUAAAUACUUAUUCUGAAAGAAAUGUGCCUCUUAAAACAGUUUGCUUAGGUCACUCUGACACUAAGAUUAUGUCUUGGUAGGUUCAUUGUGUAUCAUGUUUUCAAAUGUGUUUAAACUAGGAAAUGUAAACAAGGAAAUGCAAUGCAUAAACUGUGCCCGCUGCCUCUGUUACUGACUGUAUUCUCCAAGCCAUGUUUGGCAUAAACCAUGUUUGUGUUGUUCAACCCCUGUUGACCACUUUUGUUUUACUGAAUAAAUGCAUUUCUCUAUGCCAUA